AUGAUUUUCGCAAGCGUGGACACAAUGAUGGACAGUGAUGACGAUCAUCAUUUCGAAUUACUUCCUAGAGAUAGAAACAAGUGCACUUUAAUAGCUGACGUUAUUAUCAUACAAUGUGUCUGUGUGUGUGUUGGAGCAGCAACGAUCCUCAGUUGCGUUUGGACUCCAGAAUAUUCGACGUGGGACUUUGACAAACUGACUCGUAUCAUGUAUCUAUACGACUCCGAGGCCUGUGGGUACCAGCUUAGGAAAGCCAAGAUGAUAUCAAACUUGCAAAUCAGUAAUGAGACGUUUGGCCUCGAGGUUCUUCCUAUUAAAUGGCAGCCAGCUAUCACGACUGUGUCUACUCGUCUCUCAGCUAAGACUAGAAACGGCUAUACUCCUCUACCUGACCAAGAAUGGACAUCUCCGGGCUAUAAUGAAAAGUCCAUUAACAACAGCACUGGACGUGGAAGACACGUCCUGGAUAGCCGUAGUCAUGGCUUACUGCAGUAUCAGGGGCAUCGUGCAAUGGAUGGUCAACUUCUGGAUCGUCAAGGACAAUUACUUCCAAGGACUCGAUCAUUAUCGCAAAUUACAGCACUAUAA